AGUUUUAAUGUUUACAGCGUGCAGCAGUCUGCAGAGUAUUUUUUUAAUGAAUUCAAUAAAAGUUACAGGUAUGUUUUAACAAUAGCUCAUACUCCUGCUGGAGCACAGACAUGCAGCACAAUGCAUGCACGGUAAUGAGCUAGUGUGAUGAGUGGGCAGUCAGACCAGGCAGUGCACUGGUGGGGAGAGCAGUCUUUGAUCAGGCUUAACUGACAAGCCAGGUCUUUGACAUCUGAAGGCGAAGCUGAAAGGAUCCGGAAAAGCAAGCAGCCUCCGGGAGAGAAAGAGUGUGUGUGUUUGGGAAAGAGAGAGAAGAGGCGGGAGGACGAGAGCAGGGAACGGUGAGAAUUCAUGCUGUGUUAGCAUCCCCUCAGCAACUCCAUCAAUACUGCAUACAGCUGAGAAACUGGCAAAGGUCCCCCGUGCUGCAUUUACAGACUCGGCCAGGGAAAGAGAGCAACUCCCACGACCGGUCUGCUUAGUCUGCUGCUGGAAGGGGGCUCUGCAAGGGGCAGAGCGCACACACACACACGCACACUCACGCUUACACUCAUACACUCACUAGAGCCUCUGCUGCAUCAAGAGGCAGAAGAGGAGAGCGGAGGAGGGUGCAGAGGGACAUACAGACUGGGAAUACUCCAAUGGACUGAGCCAAUCCCGGAGAGGGACAGGAUUGUUAGGAGACGCAUGUGCUAAUAUGCUGCCGUGCUCCGCAGGGGAAGCUGAGCACCAGGGAGUUUGACAGGAUCUCAGUGCACCUGCUCCAUGCACACUGUUAAGACACGUAGGCAAUGGAGUAAAUAGAAGUCAAUCAAAAGCUUCUUGGCAUUUCGGGAAACAUCCUGCUGACCCAACUGACGAAGAUUAUGUGAAGGAGCUGACGUGUGCGAUGGCCAGCUUGGACCUGCAGGUUGUCAUUUACACGGUUGUGUGUUAUCGUUACCUCCCAACAAAGCAGCCCAGCCUGAGGAUCUGACCGCGCCUCCCCUCCCUCUCCCUCCCCCUUUCCCUCCCGCUCCCUGGGUGUCCCACAAUCCUGGGCCCACCAUGGGAGGAUGCUUCUCCAAACCCAAACCAGUUGAAGUUAAAGUGGAACUCUCUCUCCUGGAAAAAGAAAAAGAGGUGGACGGGCUGUCACCUAAUGGCAAAGCGAGUCCCUUUGCUGACUGCAGACCUAACGGGGCACUGGGACAUGGCUCUGAUGACGACUCCACGCCGCUCCCCCUCUACCACAAACCACGGGACUACGUGGAGGCCUCCGUCUGUCAUGUUAAAGAUCUGGAAAACGGACAGAUGCGAGAGGUUGACUUGGGAAGUGGCAGAGCUUUGUUGAUCAAAGAACACGGGGAGUUCUCCGCCAUGGCCCACAAGUGUCCACACUACGGAGCACCCCUGGUCAAAGGUGUGUUGUCAAAAGGACACGUGCGCUGUCCCUGGCACGGGGCGUGUUUCAAUAUUGCAACGGGAGACCUGGAAGACUUCCCUGGGCUGGACAGCCUGCCUACCUUCCAGGUCAGAAUUGAAAAGGACAAGGUGAUCAUUCGUGCAAACAAGCAGGCUCUUCAGUCACAGAAAAGGUCAAAGCCUAUGGCCCGAUGUUCAGCCGUCAUUAACUCCAGCACAGGCUUCAGCCAUGUUCUCAUCAUUGGCUCAGGUCCAGCAGGUCUGGUGUGUGCAGAGACACUGAGGCAAGAGGGCUUCACUGAUCGCAUCGUCAUGUGCACCAUGGACAGACAUCCUCCAUAUGACAGGCCUAAACUGAGUAAGUCCUUAGACAGCACAGCAGAGCAGCUGAGAUUGCGCUCCAUGGACUUUCUACAGGACCAUGACAUUGAACUGCUCACAGAGAAAGAGGUUGUGGCAAUAGAUGUGAAAACACGAUCUGUGACCUUUGAAGACGGCUUGAGGAUGGAGUACAGGAAACUCUUUAUCGCAACAGGAAGCAAACCCAAACCAAUGAACUACAAAGGCAUUGAUGUCAAGAACGUGUUUCACCUCCGGACGCCUGAGGAUGCCAACAGCAUAGCGAGGCUGGCCAACAACAAGAACGCUGUGAUUGUUGGAACAUCAUUUGUUGGUAUGGAGGUGGCUGCAGCUCUAACUGACAAGGCCCACUCGGUCUCUGUCAUCGGGAUCGAGACAGUCCCCUUUAAAAAAGCUCUCGGGGAGAAAGUAGGGAAAGCCAUAAUGAAGCUGUUUGAGGUAAACAGGGUGAAGUUCUACAUGCUGAAUGAGGUGUCAGAGAUGAUUGGCCAUCAUGGACAGCUGAAAGAGGUGGUACUGAAGAGUGGAAAGGUCCUGCGGGCAGAUGUGUGUGUGAUCGGAGCAGGAAGUAUUCCUGCAACAGGCUUCCUGAAACAGAGCGGCAUCCACAUGGACUCCAAGGGCUUCAUCACUGUCAACAAGAUGAUGCAGACAAAUGCUGAUGGUGUCUUUGCUGGAGGAGAUGUGGUUAUAUUUCCUUUCCCGUCACGCAACAACAAGAAGGUGAACAUCCCUCAUUGGCAAAUGGCUCAUGUACAUGGAAGGGUGGCAGCUCUCAGCAUGAUGGGCAGAGCCACUGAGAUCAAAACUGUGCCUUACUUCUGGUCAGCCAUGUUUGGAAAGACCAUACGCUACGCAGGUUAUGGUGAUGGAUUUGAUGAUGUCAUUAUACAAGGAGAUCUGGAUGAACUGAGAUUUGUGGCGUUUUACACCAGGGAAGACAACUUAAGAUACCUCUGGAACUCGCUUACAUGUAUGGAGGUGGCUGCAGCUCUAACUGACAAGGCCCACUCGGUCUCUGUCAUCGGGAUCGAGACAGUCCCCUUUAAAAAAGCUCUCGGGGAGAAAGUAGGGAAAGCCAUAAUGAAGCUGUUUGAGGUAAACAGGGUGAAGUUCUACAUGCUGAAUGAGGUGUCAGAGAUGAUUGGCCAUCAUGGACAGCUGAAAGAGGUGGUACUGAAGAGUGGAAAGGUCCUGCGGGCAGAUGUGUGUGUGAUCGGAGCAGGAAGUAUUCCUGCAACAGGCUUCCUGAAACAGAGCGGCAUCCACAUGGACUCCAAGGGCUUCAUCACUGUCAACAAGAUGAUGCAGACAAAUGCUGAUGGUGUCUUUGCUGGAGGAGAUGUGGUUAUAUUUCCUUUCCCGUCACGCAACAACAAGAAGGUGAACAUCCCUCAUUGGCAAAUGGCUCAUGUACAUGGAAGGGUGGCAGCUCUCAGCAUGAUGGGCAGAGCCACUGAGAUCAAAACUGUGCCUUACUUCUGGUCAGCCAUGUUUGGAAAGACCAUACGCUACGCAGGUUAUGGUGAUGGAUUUGAUGAUGUCAUUAUACAAGGAGAUCUGGAUGAACUGAGAUUUGUGGCGUUUUACACCAGGAGCGAGGAGGUGGUUGCUGUUGCCAGCAUGAACUAUGACCCCAUUGUGUCCCGAGUGGCAGAGGUCUUAGGAUCCGGAAAGACGAUUAAGAAACGAGAUGUGGAGACUGGAGACAUUUCUUGGUUGAUUGACAAAGGCUCUCAAUGACUUCACAUCUGAAGGUCACAGGGACAGACCCAAAGACCACCUCAACAUGGAUACUUAUGGUGCUGAGACACUGAGCAGCUAUCCCAGUCUGGACACACACACACACACACACACACACACACACACACACACACACACACACAGGAGGCAGGACUGUUGGAGACGCACUUCCUUGAGGAAACCUGCUUUUGUUCCUGAGAGACACUUUAACGUGAAAAACGGACAGUCUGAACACACUGAAUCACUGUGUAGUCAGGUCUUUUAUGACAAUGUUGUCAUGUUUCACAACAAAGGAUUGGAUUCAGCCUCUGCAAGUCGUAUCUACCUGUACACUUUGUUUAUAAGAAGCCUGGGAUGGGCAUGGGCAUAUUUUUUGUACAAAUAACAUUGUAUAUAGCUAUAAUCCUGAAUGCACUGUAACAAAAUAAGAACAUACAAUUUGAACUGAAUUUUUCUAAGUUUUAAAUAACAGAUUUGGUUGUAUGCUCGCAUACAGGCUUUAGAUCUGCAUGGUGUCAUGAAUUCAGAAAAAUAACCCCCUAAACAGAGUUUUCAAUGUAGACGCAUCCGUAAACAGAGCUUAAAUCUGCUAAAAACAAACUGCAUAAUCACUUGCAGCAGAACCCUGAAUGCAGCUUUUAACCAACUCACUUGACACACACACACGCACGCAGCUUUAAUUUGUAAUAAAUUACAAUUUCUAGGAUUACAACAUACCUCUUUGUAUUGGUUGCCUUGCUAGUAGAUUGCACAAAUUAAAUUUUAAUCAGACUUUGAUUAAUGUAUUUUCUAAUAAAUAUAUUUCACCCCUUUUAGACAAAUCCCAUAGUAGCUUAAGGUUAUUUUGAUAGUUGUCACCUCCAAUGGGAUAUUCUUUGUUACUAACUCAGGGAACUGAGGUUUGUGGCCUAGGAUUACUGGGCUUUCUGGGGUUACAGGUACUUUUGCAAGCAGAUAUGAAUUUGUUGCUUUAAUAUUUCCCUACGGUUAUUGUUAUUUCACCGGUUCUUUCAUUUUCAUUCAGAACCACUUAUAAUGGGUAUAUUACAUCCCAGUGUGCUGAUGAUGCCAAAAAUACUUUAGCCCCGACACACAAGUCCACACAGCAUUUCAAAAAGCAUCGUUCUUCCUACAGAGAAGCCUGGAACAGCAUUUUUAUAACUAAACUUUAAAAUAAAAG